CCCAGUGGGCUCAGAGUCCAGCAUGGAAGCAGUCAGCCAUUCUUGAGGAGGCACUGCUUCCCUUAGUGGGGGCAUGCCCUCUCAGGUGAGCAGCUCCCCUCCUUCUCACGUACAUCUGGCAUAUCUUACCACUUUACCCGCUUAGGUCACUGGAUUGGUACCUGUAUGUGUUUGAUUUUGCAGUCCUUAUUCCAGUCUCUAGAAACAGUCUGUUUCAGGGUUCGAGUCCUGGCUUCACCGUUUGCUAACUUUGUGCCCCUGGACAAGUUACGUAACCCCUCAAGGCCUCAGUUUUCUCACCUCUGAAGUGGGGAUAAGAAUAGCCCCUACCUCUUGAGGCUGCUUUGAAAAUUCAACGUGGCACUCCUUAUAAAGCGCUCUACACGGUGUCUGACACACGGAGCUUCUUUCGUCCUGAUGAUUCACGUCGAUGUCAUUUUCCUCCUGACUCCAGAGGCUCUGAGACAAAGCCACAGCCCAAGUGAUAUGCCGGUGUCAGAACAAUUCCUGUCCCGAAGGAAGGUAUGCAACCUUCUUUAUUCCCCCUUCACAGACGUCCUUGAGCCCUCGAGACGGAUGUGAGCGAGUUUUUCAGUGCUCAUGCAAAACAACCAUCUAAACAUAACAGAUGACAUCAGCUUGGGCUUUUCAAUUCCUGGAUGGCAGCGGCGUGUUAAUCCAGCCUUCAUCCUGGAUUUCAUAAACUAAAACAAGAGAGCCUGGCAAGAGGACAGCGCUGCUGCUGGGUUGAGGAAAUUGAUGACGGGGAAGCAUGCGGGCAACCCAGUGUAUAAAGCUCAUAAACGUGUAGGCAGAGGCUCGGCUACCACUUUGGACAGCUGCUUCCCGCCAGCAGAGAACCACGCCGCCCGCAGGGAGCUGAGCCAGAGCCGGCGGGAAACAUGAAGAGCCUCUUGCUGCUAGCCACGCUCCUGGUACCGGCGCACCUGGCGACGACCUGGAGCCCCAAGUACGCGGUCGACUGCCCCGAGCGAUGCGACCGCGCCGAGUGCAAAAGCAGCCUGGGCUGCAAGCGGACAGUGCUGGACGACUGCGGCUGCUGCCGGGUGUGCGCCGCGGGCCUGGGCGAAACCUGCUACCGCACCGUCUCCGGCAUGGACGGCGCCAAGUGUGGCCCGGGGCUCAGGUGUCAGUUUUACAGUGAGGAAGAUGACUUUGGUGACGAGUUUGGUAUCUGCAAAGACUGUCCCUACGGCACCUUCGGGAUGGAAUGCAAGGAGACAUGCAACUGUCAGUCUGGCAUAUGUGACAGAGUGACUGGCAAAUGUCUGAAAUUUCCCUUCCUCCAAUAUUCAGUAGCCAAGACUUCCAACAGGAGACUUGUUUCAACAGAGCAUGACAUGGCAUCCGGAGACGGCAAUACUGUGACAGAAGAACUUGUAAAAAAGAAUACCCGCUCGCCUGUAAUGAAAUGGUUAAAUCCUCGCUGAGCCUGGGUGGGGUUUCUGAGAGAAGACUCUUAUCUUAAUGGUCAUUCAACACACAGCCAACAUUUUAGGAACUGUCUAGAUUAUAGCAUAUGGACAUGUGAUAUCGGGAGGCCAAGUGUGGGGGUCCAGAAAAAAAAAAUAAUAAAGUAGGCUACUAACAAUCCAUAAAAUGCAUAUGACUGAACACUUUUAGAUCUUUGUGAAAUAUAUGAAUACAUACAGAUUUGUUAAAUACGUGUUUAUAGUAAUACUGAAGAACGGAAAACACAAUUUAGAUCAUAUUAACGUGGACGCAGAUCAGCCCCAGAGGGAGCUAAAGCUGAAGGCCACAGUGCCUGUGACUCGGAUGUGCAUUGAUGCUGGGAUACAGGAUGGAGGGAGAGUUCGGAGCAAGAGAAGGUGGGGGCGGGUGGGGGAGUAUGGUAUUUAGGUCUUCCUUGUAGUAGCACCAAUAGAAUUUAAUUGUGCUUUUUUUUUUUUUUUUUAACUUUGGGAAAA